AAACGUUCUACUUCACAUCUGUAGCCAUGAAAUGUUGGCUGUGUAAGAAUUUGUAGCAUUUUUUAGCUCACAGGUUGAAUUUGUUUUCUCGCACUGAGGAAGGCUAUUUCAAAACGAUUCCUCUGCGAUUCGGCAGACAGCCGCGGAGGAAGCUGGGGUGAAUCGAUGGCCUAUUCGAUACCCCACCAACAUCAUCCGUUGUACAGAGCUUUUACAUCUGUCAACCUCGGCGCAGGGAAAAAUUUGUACCAAUAAAAAUGUCUUGUGACGUUGGCAUUUACGGUCUGGCCGUAAUGGGCCUUGGACUGUCUCUGAACCUCGCGAGUCGGGGAAUUCGAGUCUCUGUGUGCAAUCGUACAUCCACAAAAGUAGAUGGAGCAUUGAAACAGGCGAAAGACGAGAAUUUCGAAGAAAAUAUUUUUGGAGCUCGGACACUUGAAGACUUUGUGCAGUCGCUGAAAAAGCCGCGUCGAAUUAUCAUGGUUAUUGAGGCAGGAGCCCCAGUCGAUGCGCUCAUCAAUCACCUGCUACCAAAGUUAGAUGCAGGUGACUGCCUUGUGGAUGCUGGAAAUGAGUUCUUUGAAGUCUCCGAAAAAAGGGAACGACUGUGUGCUUCGAAAGGCGUCCUUUUUAUGGACGUUGGACUCUGCGCGGGAGAGGGCGGCGCUCGGUCUGGGCCUCCAUUGACGCCAGGAGGGAGCCUUGAGGCAUGGAACCUGAUGGAGCCAAUUUUCGUUCAACUCGCCGGAAAGAUUGACGCGUCGAAGACAAUACCUCUUCCUGGAGCCCUCACUGUUAGCGAUGAAGAGAAGCAAAAUGCAUGCGUCAGCCAUCUAGGACCCUGCGGCGCUGGACAUUACGUUAAAAUGGUCCACAACGGUAUAAUGUAUGGCGACAUGCAGCUCAUUGCCGAGGCUCACCAACUGCUAAAAUUCGCUUGUGAUCUGAGCAAUGAGGAACUUCAUGUCACGUUUAAAAAGUGGAAUGAAGACGAGCUUCACUCAUAUCUUCUUGGAAUUACGGCCAACAUCGUCCGCAAGAAGGAUAGCUUUACCGGAGGCUACCUUUUGGAUUUCAUUGCCGACACAGCGGGAUCAAAAGGAACAGGCAAAUGGACCAUGCAACAAGCAGCAGAGUUGGGUGUUGCUGUGCCAACCAUCACAGCUGCCCUCGACAUGCGAUACAUAUGCUCAAACCAGCCUUUGCGGCAGAAGAUGAACUGUCUUUACGCCCAAAACUGGUGCUCUCUUGUGAAAACAGAGGAUUCCACGAAGGAACAGCGCAUCGAGUCCAUCAGACGAGCGUUAGUUUGUGGAAGGAUAUGCUGCUUCGCUCAAGGCAUGCACCUCCUACGUGUUAUAUCCGAACAAAAAGGAUGGGGAGUAGAUCUGUCUGAGGUCUCACGAAUUUGGCAAGCCGGUUGCGUCAUCGAGUGCGACUUCCUGAAAGUCAUGCAACGUGCGUUCCGGAAGAAGCCGGACCUGGAAAGCAUUCUCCUCUCCGAAGAGGUCCACACGACGGUCCAAAACUACCUUCCGGCAUUGCAAGAAGUUAUCAGCUUAUCGCUAGGAACAGCAACCCCCAGGCCGGAUGAGCCCUCUGUCAGAAUUACCCUUCCCACACCGGCACAUUCAGCUUCGUAUAACUACCUGGCGUCCAGUUGUGGCCUCCGCCUUUCAAUGAAUCUCGUUCAAGCUCAGCGUGAUUGCUUUGGUGCACAUCACUUCAAGAGAACUGAUCGGGAAGGAAAGUACCACGUUGAAGACUGGGGGGCCUAAUUUCCUUUGGUGUUUUCUUUUAAAACUAUUGUUCAUGGUUUGUUUAUUCGGCAUCUUGAGUAUGGUAGAUUUCGCCGAAAUGCUUACCCGCGCAAAUAUUGCCUUCGACGUCUCUCUGGCGACUGCUUGGAGUGGGCCCUUACUACCUGUCACUUUUCCAGCUGGAAUCAUUAUAAGAGGAUCUUGGGCAGCGAAGCCGAUAUGCGGCCAGAAUUCAAUAACAACGUGACUUCGUACUUUAUCCGGCACCGGAUUAUCACCUGAUUGGAUUUUAAAGCACUGUUAAACCGCCGAAUUGCUAGGUGAAAGUUAAUGUUCACCUAAUAGAAAUUUAUAGCCCGCUGAACCAGUGGAGCAUUUCCAGGACAGCUUCAAAAUCCCGAAAUAUGCACUCGGCCACGGUUUCAAAGACACGGCAAAUGUAUAUGCACAUGACCUUAAGCUUUUUUUACGUGCCGCGUCGCAUCCAGACUCUAUUGAGGGGCAGUUGUCCUGAAUCGACGUACAACAACGAUCUGAUACCCUGAUGUUCAACUCAAGCACGACUUCCUAAAUGGUGCGGCCUCAA